CAAUACAUUCAUCAUCAGAGGCAAGAAGCAACCAUCAUCAAGCAUGUCUGACCGAACCGCGGUAUAGGCAGCCCAUUCGCUCCAGGCGAAAACCGCUCUCCCCAGCUAUUUAGGAGCGACUUGGUGGCGCGCUACUCAUCUGCUCGCAGCUCGAGCUUCGUUAACAGGCUCACUUCUAAACGCCGCCUUUUAGAGAGGCAACGUAUCGGUAACCGGUAACAGGGGAACUUCACUGCCAGGUCACACGUUCACAUGCCGGUCAUUAGAGUUUUCCGUUGAUCUAUCCUACAUUUCUCGCUCAAGCGUCCGUUCAAUAUAGAUAUCAAUACAACUGUCUUGGACUCUGGCUGGGGGAUGUUGUAGGCUCGUGGCGUUAACAGGUAGGCGAGAUAAGCUUGUGUGCUCGUUCUGUGCCAACAAGGGAAGAGAGAGGCGGGUUGUGCUUGAAACCCACGAAAAGACAGCAAGAAAGGAAGAGUAGUUGCUGCAUAUGCUGUAGCUAAUGGGGAUCCUAAUAAACUAAACUAAACAGGUAUUCCACAUUCUCACCAAUAUCGAUUUCCAGGUCGUAUUCUCUCCUCGCAUCUCAUUGACCUUUGACGGACGUUUGAUUGGUGGAUGUAAUGCCCGUAUACAUCAUCGAUCGAAAAUUUCCAGAGACACCUGGUGAGUCAUUACAGCCAGCAGCUGAAGGAGUGUUGAGCAUGGUGGAGACCGUCCCACCAAAGUCGGCUAAGAAGCCCCGCUGGACCUCUCUGGAGAUCGGCCUGCUCACCAUCGUCUCCCUCCUCUUCAUCGUCAUAGUGGCCCUCAUCGUCCUCUUCGCCACACAACGGACUGAUAGCGAUGGUGUCUGCACCACGGCGGACUGCACUCAGUCAGCGUCUCGUCUGUUAGAGAACAUGGAUGCCAAUGUGGACCCGUGUGACAACUUCUACCAGUACGCCUGUGGAGGCUGGUUGAAGAAGAACGUCAUCCCAGAGACCAGCUCCCGAUACAGCACCUUUGACAUCCUACGAGACGAACUGGAGGUGGUCCUCAAAGGUGUUCUAGAGAGAAGCGUGAAGGGGGAGGCCAGUGCCCUCACUAAAGCCAAGACCCUCUACAGAUCCUGCACCAAUGAGAGUCAGAUUGAGAAAAGGGGCGGAGCUCCUUUACUAGACAUACUUCCUAAUGUGUUUGAGUGGCCAAUAGCAACAGACCACUGGGAGACUGUCUAUGGGAACACAUGGAAGUUGGAGGAUGCCAUUGCCAGACUAAAUGAGAAAUAUGGAACUCAAGUCUUGGUUAAUUUUUUUAUCGGCACUGAUGACAAAGACUCCAAUUCACACAUCAUUCAUUUUGACCAGCAAACCAGCCUUGGUCUCUUAUCCAGAGAGCAUUAUACCUGCACCGGGCCCUACGCAGAGCCAUGUAGAGCAUAUGAACAGUUCAUGAUAGACGUGGCCAGGUUGAUCCGUACCGACCGCAGCCUAGAGGUCAACGAGACCCAAAUCAGAGAGGAGGUCACCAGGGUCAUUGAGCUGGAGAGGGAGAUCGCCAACGCAACUGAUACUCCAGAGGACCGUAACAACCCAGUUCUCCUCUACAACAAAAUGGAGCUGGGAGUUCUCAAUGCUAACUUCAGCCUGGAGGUCGACACACAAGUGUUUGACUGGAGUUACUUCACCAGGAAGAUCAUGGGGACUGUCGGCAUCACUGUGCCUGACACAGAGAAUGUUAUCAACUACUCACCUAACUACUUCAGACGACUCAACCCUAUCCUAGCCAAGAACACUAAGAGAGUCCUGCAGAACUACAUGGUGUGGCGUUUUGUCAUGAACAUGGUGGUGGGUUUGAGCAGGCAGUACAGGGACACCAGGAAAGCCUUCCGCAAGUGCCACGUGGCCUUGGCGGCGGUGUGGCGGCAGUGUGUCAUCUACGUCAACAACAUGGACAACGCUGUCGGAAGACUGUACGUAGAGGAGUCCUUCUCUGGGGAGAGCAAAGAACUGAUGGAAGAGAUGAUCUCUGUGAUACGGGAGGUAUUCAUCAGUAACUUAGACCACCUAAGAUGGAUGGAUGUAGAGACCAAGAAGGCUGCUGAGGAGAAGGCACAAGCUAUCUGUGAGCGGAUUGGCUACUCCGACAACAUCAAGAAUGACACUUACCUGAACAACGAGUAUAAAAAUUUGAGCUACAGUGCAGAGGAGUACUUUGAGAACAUCCUCCAGAACCUGGACUACGUACAGAAGAAACGUCUGAGGAAGCUACGGGUCAAAGUUAACAAAGAAGAAUGGGUAACAGGAGCAGCCGUUGUCAACGCCUUCUACUCCUCAAGCAAAAACCAAAUAGUGUUUCCAGCUGGCAUCCUCCAGCCUCCGUUCUUCGGUAAGGGCCAGACCAAGUCUCUGAACUUUGGCGGUAUCGGCAUGGUGAUCGGACAUGAGAUCACACACGGGUUCGAUGACAACGGUCGUAACUAUGAUAAAGAUGGUGACCUGAAGGACUGGUGGACUCCAAGCUCCACCCAGAACUUUGUGAAUCUGUCCAAGUGCAUUGUGGACCAGUAUGGAAGCUUCUCCUGGGACCUGGCCAACGGACUGAAUCUCAAUGGGAAUAACACUCUGGGAGAGAACAUCGCAGACAAUGGAGGCAUCCGUCAGUCCUACCAGGCAUACCUGAACUAUGUGGAGAAGAAUGGGAAUGAGCCUCUCCUGCCUGGAAUAAACCUCAACCAUCAACAACUCUUCUUUGUCAACUUCGCCCAGGUGUGGUGUGGAACACAUCGACCAGAACAAGCUGUCAACUCCAUCAAAGUAGAUGUACACAGUCCAGGGAAGUUCAGGGUUCUGGGGUCCCUCCAGAACUUCCCAGAGUUUGCCAAGGCCUUCAACUGUCCCAAGAACAGCUACAUGGUGCCUGACAAGACUUGUCAAGUCUGGUGAUACUGUAGUCCUGACACUAGCCUUGCCCUGAGGCUGGUGGAGGGUGAGAGGUGGGCUUGUGUCCUCUUCCCCCUCAUCACCUCAUUUUCCCACCUGACUGUUAGAGCACUAUUCUGGGACAGGGAUAUAGUCGAUGUUGCCCAGUUCACUUCAGGGUGGGACCAGGACUGCUACACUGAUCGUAUAGAACAACCAGCUUCAAGGGACUACAGAGGGCUGUUCAUAUCCAGCUCCCAGGCUCUUCACCCGAUCACCCAGGUCACCGCUUUCCACUGAAUACAGUCACAAAAUGUACUUUUCAAUUCAAUUUCUCCCUUUGCAUUUCAAUCAGGAUUCUUCUUUUUUGACAGACAGACAGACAGACUUUUGAACCACGUCCAUUAAACCACUUGAACCAC